AUGGAUCCAAACCUCUUCCGUACUGCAACUCGCAACUCAUCUUCUUCUGCAGCUGCCGACGAUGAGGAAGAUGACCUCGGCCUUAAUAACAAGAUUCGAGUUAAUCCAAGAAGCUCACUUCCAAAUACAAAUGUCUCUUCUGCUGGUACAGAUCCUGAGCUUGCUGCACCCUCUGGCUCUGGUUCAACAUCAGGCCCUGGAAAUAAUAUCCAGCCAGAUUCGGAUUUCCCCGAAGGCUUGAACCAGCGCACUCAUCGCGCGCCAUCUAUCUCAUCUGUCGAAACAACGGACCUAAUGGAUCACCGUAAACACCAACGUGCAAGCACUUUUACUGCUCGUCCUCGACCUGGAAUCCGUUCCACUGAGACGUUUCCCAGUUCCAAUGCCAGAUUGUUGGGUUCCAACGGAUCUUCUACCACCCGUACCCGGCCGCGUGGAAAGUCAGUCUUUAAUUCCGGCAGCAUCGGCACUGUUGGUGACCCGAAAGGUAGUGCAGUUAGUGAUACAUCUGCUAUUCAUGACUCCGAAGGCCACCCGACGGUUGGCCGGGUCUCCACUUUCCCGUCAGUGACUAAUAAUUCUUCAUCGGGCAUGCAAUAUGGAACAUCAGCCCCGCCUGCGGCUGUUACCCAGUCGACUUCCUCUGCUGGCGCCAUUUCUUCUUUUCCCCUUAACUCUUCCACUUCCCAACAAUCCAUCACCAAGCCAAACCACCCAUUUAUGACUCGUCGAACUUCUAUUUCUUCCCCUGAUCCAGUGACAGCAAAUAGACCCAGUGCAUCUCGUCGCAGACAGUCGUUUACCUCUCCUGCCGUUCAUCAUUCAACUUCUUCUCCACCUUCUUCUGCCGGCUUUGAGAGUUUCUUGUCUAUGCGUAAUAACAACAAAGGCAAGCAAAACAGCAUUAGCGACCUACCUUAUUCCGGUCCCACCAGCCCACUUUUGACAGACGCGCAGUUUAAUACAUAUCGAUCUAUCAGUCCAAACACUGAGGAUCUAUCUGCUACGUCCAGGGCUGAUGGUGAUGCUGGACCAAGUAUAGCGCCUGUUGUUUCUAGUAGUUUUAAUGACGACCCAUUGGCUCAUAUUCUUCGUCGCAAAUCCUUUACCUCUUCGGUAAACGACGAACAUCUCCUUGGAUCAGAACCCAUCUCUCGCCGUACCUCUCAGGUUUCAUCUCUUCAAGAUGUUUGUUUGCCUAUCGAUGCUCAAAAUGGUGGAAUAUCGUCGACUGAUGGUCGUCCGGUUUUCGAUGUGUCAUAUUUGGAGGAUUUCGCCAAUAAUGAACGCCGAGAACUUGAGCUUCUGCAAGCCUCGAUGCCCUUAGAACCAUCCGUGAUAACAAAUCACCCUGCUUAUGCCACUGCUUUGCGUGCCAGCACCUCAGGCGCCCCAACUGAUAACAUUUCUUCAGCUCGAUUCAGACCUUAUCGUGUGGUUCCUUGGGCCAAUGCAAACAACAAUGCUAGUCUUAAUAGUGGAGCAACUUUUUCGUCCAUGCCAGGAGACACUGGGGGGCUUAAUAGUUCUGGAAUCCGCCGUCGCUCGGAUGUAAAUGCUGGUACCAAUAAAGUUCGCCGAGGCAAAAAUAAAUACAUGGACCCAUAUUUUACUGACAAUCCACAUCACAACCACAAAGGCCCACCUCUUCGUUUCACAUACUUCCGUGAGGACAUGGAUGCAACCAUUCAUUCUCCUAGUAUCUCUGGACUUUUGCAAGAUGGCCAAACGUUUGAUGAUCUUUUUAAUUUGACCUCCUCAAGCCCCUCUCCAGUUCCUACUAAUGCAAACUCGGCAGCUCCUUCUGGAGGUCCUCAAACACCAGACGCAGCCCACAUGACUCCGCAGCAUUCUUCAACUUAUGCUGCUGGAGCUUCGACUCCGGUUGGUACAGUUGGACCUGCUGCUGUUGAUGCUGCGAUAUCUGCUGCUGCCAACGCAGCAACAAGACAUGUCGCAGCAAUGGAACGUAACCAUUCACGCGUUUCUUCCCCAUCGGUUCCUGCAGGCCUGGCUACCCAUCCAAUUCAACCAUCGCCUUUGAAUUCUUCAUUUUUGGCAACUACAACGACUCCUGGUCACUAUUAUUCUGCUUCUCUUGGCGGAACUUCAAGUAUGAGUCCUGGAACUGACGGCGUUCCUUCUCCUAGAAUCCCGCAAAACGUUCCUGCAAAUGUUGAUCCCUCCUUUCAUCACCAGGUGAGCUCUACUGUUUCUGUUGCAGCCGCUGCUGCCGCUGCAGCAAUGGCAAACUCCAUGUCUCAUAAUAAUGUACAGCAAGCUCAGCAGCAACUCAUCCAACAACAAUUCGAUCCGUCACCCUUUUGGCUCGAUGUGAUGAACCCCACAGAAGAUGAAAUGAAGGUGCUUUCCAAGGCGUUUGGUAUACACCCACUGACUACUGAAGAUAUUUUUCUUAAUGAACCACGCGAAAAAGUUGAACUUUUCCGCAAUUAUUACCUUGUGUGUUUCCGUUCUUUUGACAUCAAUGAUGAACGUAGCAAGCGCACCAAAGCUUCGCGCAGCUCUGAAGAGCGCUCUACCACAGGUAUGGCUGGUAUUGACAAUAGUGGUCCCACUGUUGGUCGCAAGCGGUCAGUUUCUUCUUUAGCCACCAAUAAAGAUAUGAUUAAUGGAUCUCGACGUCAUCGCACACACCAUCAUCGCCAGCAAAAGCAUCUUAAACAUCAUGGUGCCAGUCGCCACAAGUCGCGCAGCAAAGAAUCGGAACUUACACCUCUCAAUAUGUACAUUAUUGUUUUCCAUGAGGGUGUUUUGACAUUCCACUUUGCACCUACCCCUCACCCUAUGAAUGUGCGCCGUCGUAUCCGUUUGUUGCGUGACUAUAUUACGCUGUCAUCCGAUUGGAUUUCCUAUGCACUUAUCGAUGACAUUACUGAUGGGUUUGCACCAAUGAUUGAGGCUAUUGAAGAUGAAGUCAAUCACAUUGAAGAUGAGAUUUUGUCAAUGCAUACAGAAUGGAGUGAUGAUAGUAGUAGUGGAAGCGAUAGCGAUGAUGGACAUGGCCGUGGCUAUGAUAGCAGCUGCUCGGAAAAAAGUAACUAUCAGGACACUUCUGAUUCUGAGGCUGAGCGGGCGGCACGUCGGAGCGAAAAGCAGCGGCGUAAACGUGCAGUUGAACGUUUUACAGCUGAGAUGAUUGCUGAAGAGCGCGCUAGUAUUUUGUCAGAUGAAGAGGGUGGUGACUUGGAAGGCCAUUUUAGUGGAGGUGAAGAACCUAGCCAUAGGCUUCACGGCGAACCCAGCUCCAGGUCACAGGCACCAUCAAGCCACCAUCAUUCCAGAGACAAGGAUUCACAGUCUUCAUUCCAAAGAAUCUUGCGUGCAAAGCUUAAUGAGCGGAAUUAUCGUGGUUCUACAGUAGAAGGUCCCAAUGGUGGUAUUUUAGGUACGCAGGAAGGUUCCCGGGAAUUUGUGUUUCACCGAUCUGCUUACGAUCCUGAAGACCCAGUUAAUGACUACACUGGUCAAACGCCGGGGUCAGUUCCAGGAUACCUUCAAGGAGUUUCCCGUCACGGCAUUGGUGCCAGUGCUAGUACUAGUACUGGAAAUCCUUCAACAAAGGCCCCCCACGAGGAGGCAUACGAAAGCAUCCCUGGAGCUCUACGGAGCCAUCCACCGCAACAACAUAUUAUGGUUGAUGACGAGGAUGAUGAUUAUGAUGAUGACGCUGGUUCGCGGCGUGCACUUCUUGGGCGCAACAAGUCAUAUUAUGCAGACUCUGUGAGUUCCUCACAGUCAACUGGUGCUCAAUCUUACCGUUCACGCAAGUCGCGCAAAUCUUCUCGUGUUUCUCGCAAGUCGAGCCGGGCUGGGACUUCAUCAUCAGGGUCCUCGUUCAUGUCAUCAAGCAGUUGGUCUUCGACUGCUUCAGGUCGGUGGAAAGAGAAGGGAGACAUGUUGAGACGCAUUGGUGAGUGUCGUAAGCGUAUCAUGUCAGUUUUAAGACUUCUUGGAUCUAAAGCCGAUGUUAUCAAGGGCUUUAGCAAGCGGUGUAAUGAACAGUGGGAAGUAGCGCCACGGUACGAGAUUGGAUUGUAUUUGGGCGAUAUUCAAGAUCAUAUUGUGACCAUGGUGCAGUCACUUAACCAUUAUGAAAAACUGCUUGCACGUUCGCAUUCCAAUUAUCUUGCACAGAUUAACAUUGAUAUGACUCGGGUCAACAAUGAUAUGAACGAUGUUCUUUCAAAGAUUACAGUUCUUGGUACCAUUGUGCUUCCAAUGAAUAUUGUGACUGGUCUUUGGGGUAUGAACGUUAUUGUGCCUGGUCAAAAUGUUGAGAGUUUGACGUGGUUCUGGUCAAUCACUGGCACUUUAUUUUUGUUUGGUUGCAUUUCAUUUUUUAUUGCAAGAAGAGUCUAUGGUAUUGCUUAA